AAUUAUGGGUUUAAGAUCACCCACCAAAAACCUGAUCCACGUUCCUUUUAUCAUCUCUUUCCCGGUGGAAAAAAGUGGCCGAUCUACAGAGAUCUUCAACAAAAUUCGAAUAAAUACUGUCUGGAAGCACGAGAGUAGGUUGUAGAAGUGGACCAAUUGACUAAAUUUAUGCGAAAUUGAUGCUGUUCUGGUGAGAACAAAGAUUCCUCCCACUUCCACUUCCUCCUCUUCUGAAUGAUUUCUUCUCCCAAAUAUCCUCAAAUCAAGGAUAUUCUUUGAAUUUCCUCUUUUUCUUACCACUGCUGUUCUUGAUCUUUCUUCUUCUUUACUUUGAUUGUUGAGAGAAACAGGAUGGGGUUUUGUUUUAGGGCGUGAUCCUCCAUUUUGAAUGUCGGAGAUGGGUUUUCCCCUUGUUUUGUUUGAUGAUAUUGCAGGUAAUUUCAUUAUUCAAUCGACCCAAUAAUGAAUUUUUUGUUCCUGUGAUGGGAAAUUGUUGACUGGGUUUCUCAUUGUUGAAACCCAGAUGAUUUUGAGGAAUGACAAUGUCUUUCCAGCUUUUAAGUACUCAAUCUUGUCUAUCUGCUUAUGUAAAGACUCGUAGAAUUCAGCUUCGAUGGAGGCUGAAUCCUGUUCAGGCUAUACCACCACCAUCAACUCUUUUGCACACUGAUGAAAGUGAAUAUCGUCCAGAAUCUAAAAAGGGUUCUGGGUUCAAAUCAGUAUUGAAAACGAGUAAAGAUUCAACUGGUAUUUUGCUAAGUCAAUCAAAUACAGUGGGUAUAUUAGGAGGAUCUUCUGUUAAUUCUACUGUAAACUUCUUGGGAAAAUUAGUUAAAUGGAGUACCAAAGAUGGAGAAUCUGGUCUUCCUUUUGUUCUUUGCUCUGACCCAACUCUUGGUAAUGAGCUUCAAGUGUUUGAUAAAAGUUCUCACCAAGUUCUCAACUACAAGAGUGAGGAUCUAGGGUUGGAUUCUGGACCGUUAGUAGAGAGUUUGAAGAGUAAAAGAGAUUUUCUCGAGAAGUCGGGUGCUCGUUGCAUCGUUAUGCCUUGUCACAUCUCUCAUUUAUGGUAUGAAGAUGUUUCAAAAGGGUGUCCUGUUACCUUCCUUCAUAUGGCUGAUUGUGUUGCUAGAGAGCUCAGGGAAGCUAAGUUGAAGCCACUUGAAGCUGGGAGCCCAUUACGGAUUGGUGUUCUUGCAACCAAUGCAAUUUUAAGUGCAGGGUAUUAUCAGGAGAAACUGCAGAAUGAAGGAUUUGAGGUGGUUCUUCCAGACAAAGCAACUAUGGAACAUACUGUAAUUCCUGCAAUUGAGGCUCUAAACAGAAAGGACAUUGAAGGGGCAAGGAAUUUACUACGAAUUGCUCUUCAAGUUCUUCUGGUGAGGGCUGUCAAUUCUGUCAUCCUUGCCUCUGAUGAUAUAAAGGAUCUCUUGCCCCUUGAUGAUCCCCUUCUUAAGAAAUGCAUUGACCCAAUGGACGCAUUAGCAAGGUCCACUAUCAAUUGGGCACAAUGUGCGAAAUAAGGCGAAGCAUGGGGUUGCUGAAUCAUUGAACUGGUUUAGUCCAUUGGGUUUGCUCCUGCGUUCCUUCCACACGGUUGAAUUCAGGAGCUCCAAACUUUGUUUCAUCCACUACGCUAUAUUCGUGUGUACCUUAUUUUAAUUGUAUAUCCCAGGUAAACUUUAUAUUGUUCAUGUUUGAGGCUGCUGUUUCAAUAAAAAUAAAUUUAAAAGUUUGAUUAUUUUUUAAA